AUGCCUUCGCCGUCUUUCUUCUGCGUCGCCUUCCUCUUUCUUCUCCUCCUCCCCCACUCCACCGUAUCCCUUACCGGGCCCACCUUUGCCUCCUUUCCGGGCUGUGAUGGCAUUUUCUCGUGUGGAAACAUACAUAAUCUUAGCUACCCUUUCACGGGUGGUGACCGCCCUAAUCACUGUGGCCCACCUGAGUUCCGUCUCACUUGUCCUCAAAACGACUACCCUGAGAUUAAUAUUGAGUCAGUUACUUACAAGGUUCUUGAAUCCAAUUUGACCCGAAAAAGUUUAGUUUUAGCUAGAUUGGAUUUAUGGAAUACUACAUGUCCUAGUACUUUUGUCAACUCAACUCUUGACUCGAGCAUUUUUGAUGCUAGUGGGGCCGAGAAUGUUGAUUUGACGAUAUUCUUUGGAUGUAAUUCGUCACCUAUGGCCAUGAUUCAGCCACAGAAUAGAUUCUAUUGUGAUGUUGGUGGUGUGGAUCUUACGGAUUCAUAUUUUCUGAUUGGGGAAGUUCCUAUUGAUCCAAUAUUGAAAAUGAUACAUUGUGCCAAUGGAGUAAGGAUUCCGUUGUUAAAAACUGUCGGUGCGGAGCUCAAUCGGAGCUUGUUGACUCUUGCGGAAGCAUUGACUAGGGGUUUUGAGGUCAUUUUCAAAGAUCCUUUUGAAGAGGAAUGUUCGAAGUGUGACAGGUCGGGCGGGCAAUGUGGUUUCGAUGUUGCUACAGGAAAAUCAAUUUGCAUUUGCAAUAGUAGUAUAUGCAUUCCACCAGGAACUAAGUUUUUACAUUUCCUUUUAUCUUAUACUCUAGUCCUUCCAACCAUUGGAGCGAUUAUGGUUGCUGUUGGCAUCGGAAUGGGAAUCUUUGUUUGCCGACACCGAAAGAAAAGACACAUGAUAAAAGUAGCGGCCGCUCAAUCUAAUGUUUCUAGCAAAGGAGUAACUAGUGAAGCUCAAUCUAAUUUCACUUCAAGCACUUAUUCGGAUCCUUCAUUAAAAGUUAAUAAAGAGUAUGGAAAAUGCUCCUACUUUGGAGCUCAGGUUUUCACCUAUGAGGAACUAGAGGUAGCUACCGAUAACUUUAAUGAUUCACGAGAACUUGGUGAUGGUGGUUAUGGAACCGUGUACCAUGGUAAGCUUCUUGAUGGCCGAGAAGUUGCUGUCAAGCGUUUAUAUGAUAACAAUUUCAAGCGGGUUGAACAGUUCAUGAACGAAAUCGAGAUUUUGACAAGAUUAAGUCAUAAAAACCUAGUGAAAUUAUAUGGCUGCACAUCAAAACGAAGUAGAGAAUUACUACUCGUUUAUGAGUACAUUCCCAAUGGUACGGUAGCUGAUCAUCUUCAUGGAAAACUAGCCAACUCAAACUCAAAAUCAUGCUUGUUUACAUGGUCAGUUCGGCUCAAAAUAGCUAUAGAAACAGCCGAGGCACUAACCUAUCUCCAUGAGUCAGACAUCAUUCACCGAGAUGUGAAAACCAAUAACAUUCUAUUAGAUGAGAGUUUUUCUGUCAAAGUUGCUGACUUUGGGUUGUCAAGAUUGUUUCCAAACAAUUGCACACAUGUAUCCACCGCCCCACAAGGGACACCUGGAUACGUUGAUCCUGAAUACUACCUAUGCUAUCAGUUGACAGAUAAGAGUGACGUUUAUAGUUUUGGGGUGGUCUUGGCUGAGCUCAUUUCAUCUUUACAAGCCGUUGAUACAAAUAGAGAUAGGCUCGAUAUAAAUUUGGCUGCAAUGGCAAUCAACAAGAUCACAACCCACAUGUUGGAUGAGUUAGUGGAUAAGAGUAUUGGGUUUGAGACAAAUGGUACUGUCAGGAGGAUGAUCACCUUGGUGGCAGAGCUGGCUUUCCGGUGUCUGCAAGAAAAGGCGGAUAUGAGGCCAACAAUGAAAGAAGUGUUGGAAAUUUUAAGAGGGAUUCAGAAUGCUGAGAUGAAUGCUCAGAAACCAGAAGUGCUUGAUAUUCUGGUGGAUGACGGAGUGCUGUUCAAGGAUCAUUGCACUGAACCAUCAUCUCCAGAUUACGGGGUUACUAACACAUUGUAUGGAAGAUCUAUGCCAAAUUCUUCGGAUGGUUGAUCAGACUCUUGUGUCUAUAUUCGGCUUUUAUCUUUUAAGUUGGUUCUAUAUUGUGUCUUCGUGAAAAUAUCUUAAAAGGGUAAUAUGUAGAUAACAAAGUUUUCAUACUACCACAAUUGUACUUUUUUUUUUUCUU